CUCUCUUUCCGCGUGGGGCUGCCUGCCACUGCCAGCCUUCUUUUGGGAGCCCGAGCCUCCCACUCGCGGCACGAUGUCUCCCACCAUCCCCGGUAGAGCGGAGCGGAGGAGCAGCCCCGCAGAGAACGCUACCAAGAAAACCCUGAAAGAUGAAAUUGAAUCCAUUUUGCGAGAGCGCAUUAUGGUUUUGGAUGGAGGCAUGGGGACCAUGAUCCAGCAACAAACCUUGACAGAAGAAGAUUUCCAGGGACAAGAAUUUAAGGACCAUUUGAAACCACUAAAAGGAAACAAUGAUCUGUUGAGUGUUACGCAGCCUGAUAUAAUCUACAAAAUUCACAAGGAAUACUUGAUGUCUGGUGCUGAUAUCAUUGAGACCAACACCUUCAGCAGCACUAGAAUAGCACAAGCUGACUAUGGCCUUGAACACAUGGCUUAUCGGUUGAAUAAAAUAUCAGCACAGGUAGCUAGAAGAGCAGCAGAUGAUGUUACUGCUGAAACAGGAUAUAAAAGAUAUGUUGCUGGGGCAAUGGGCCCCACGAACAAGACUCUUUCUGUUUCUCCUUCAGUGGAAAAGCCAGACUAUAGGAAUGUUACUUUUGAUGAGUUGGUGGAAGCAUACACAGAACAAGCCAAAGGACUUCUAGAUGGCGGAGUAGAUAUCAUGUUAGUGGAAACCAUAUUUGAUACAGCCAAUGCCAAGGCAGCUCUCUUUGCUCUCCAGAACUUGUUUGAAGAAGAAUAUGAGCCCAGACCAUUAUUUGUGUCUGGAACUAUUGUCGAUAAAAGUGGACGUACUCUCUCUGGUCAGACUGGAGAAGCAUUUGUCAUCAGUACAUCUCACAGUGAACCCCUCUGCAUUGGAUUAAAUUGUGCUUUGGGAGCAGUGGAAAUGAGGCCUUUCAUUGAAACUAUUGGGAAGUGUACAACUGCCUACAUAAUUUGCUAUCCUAAUGCAGGUCUUCCUAACACUUUUGGUGGUUAUGACGAAACACCUGAAGUGACUGCCAAGAACCUUAAGAGUUUUGCAUUAGAUGGUUUGGUGAAUAUAGUUGGUGGCUGCUGUGGGACCACUCCAGCACAUAUCCGGGAGAUAGCUGAAGCAGUGAAGGGAUGCAAGCCUCGCAUACCUAACUCCUCUUUCUCAGAAGGCUACAUGUUGCUGUCAGGUCUAGAACCAUUCAGGAUUGGGCAGUAUACCAAUUUUGUCAACAUUGGGGAGCGCUGCAAUGUUGCAGGGUCAAGAAGGUUUGCUAAGCUCAUCAUGGCAGACAAAUAUGAAGAAGCACUGAGUGUAGCCAAGGCCCAAGUGGAGAUGGGAGCUCAAAUUCUGGAUAUCAAUAUGGACGAUGGCAUGCUAGAUGGGCCAAGUGCCAUGGCUAGAUUCUGCAACUUCAUUGCUUCGGAACCUGAUAUUGCUAAGGUGCCACUUUGCAUUGAUUCAUCCAAUUUCACUGUGAUAGAGGCCGGGUUGAAGUGUUGUCAAGGCAAAUGCAUAGUGAACAGCAUCAGUCUGAAAGAGGGCGAAGAGGAUUUCCUUGCAAAAGCCAGAAAAAUAAAGAAAUAUGGAGCAGCUGUGGUGGUUAUGGCCUUUGAUGAAGUGGGUCAGGCUACAGAAACCAAAGAGAAAAUUGCAAUCUGCACCAGAGCCUACUGCCUCCUGGUGAACAAAGUGGGCUUCAAUCCAAAUGAUAUCAUUUUUGAUCCAAACAUUCUGACCAUAGGUACUGGAAUGGAAGAACAUAAUUUGUAUGCAAUUAAUUUUAUCAAUGCAACUAAAACCAUAAAAGAAACUCUUCCUGGAGUGAAAAUAAGUGGUGGCCUUUCCAAUCUAUCCUUUUCCUUCCGGGGCAUGGAUGCUAUUCGAGAAGCGAUGCAUGGAGUUUUUCUUUACCAUGCAAUUAAGUGUGGAAUGGACAUGGGGAUUGUGAAUGCAGGAAAUCUGCCAGUGUACGAUGAUAUCCAUAAGGAGCUUUUGCAGCUUUGUGAAGAUUUGAUAUGGAGUAAAGAUUCAGAGGCAACAGAAAAGCUUUUGCGUUAUGCUCAGACACAUGCUGAAGGAGGAAAGAAAGUGGUACAGACUGAUGAAUGGAGAAAUAGUUCUGUAGAAGAAAGACUGGAGUAUGCCCUCGUCAAGGGCAUUGAAAAAUAUGUGAUUGAGGACACAGAGGAAGCUAGACUAAACAAAGAAAAAUACACCAGACCACUUCAUAUAAUUGAGGGACCUCUGAUGAAUGGCAUGAAAACUGUUGGUGAUCUUUUUGGAGCUGGAAAGAUGUUUCUUCCCCAGGUGAUUAAAUCAGCGCGAGUUAUGAAAAAAGCAGUUGGGCAUCUCAUUCCCUUCAUGGAGAAGGAGCGAGAGGAAAUGCGUGCCAUGUCCAAUAGCACAGAGGAAGAGGACCCUUACCAUGGCACAAUUGUGUUAGCUACCGUGAAAGGUGAUGUCCAUGAUAUUGGCAAGAAUAUUGUGGGAGUUGUCCUAGGAUGCAAUAAUUUCAGGGUUAUUGAUUUGGGAGUCAUGACACCGUGUGACAAGAUACUGAGAUCUGCUCUUGAAAACAAAGCAGAUAUCAUUGGCCUGUCAGGCCUCAUCACUCCCUCUUUGGAUGAGAUGAUUUUUGUUGCCAAGGAAAUGGAGAGAUUAGAAAUAAAGAUUCCUUUGCUUAUUGGAGGAGCAACUACAUCCAAAACACACACAGCUGUGAAAAUUGCUCCACGAUACAGUGCUCCUGUCAUUCAUGUCCUGGAUGCAUCAAAGAGUGUGGUGGUUUGCUCUCAGCUUUUGGAUGAAAAUGUAAAGGAUGACUUCUUUGAAGAAAUACAAGAAGAGUAUGAAGACAUUAGGCAGGAUCACUAUGACUCUCUCAAAGAAAGAAAAUAUUUAUCAUUACAGCAAGCAAGGAGCAAGGGCUUCUCCUUUGACUGGCUAAAUGACUGCAAACCAGUUAAACCACAGUUCCUCGGCACCAGGGUCUUUGAAGAUUAUGACUUGCAAAAGCUGGUGAAAUACAUUGAUUGGAAGCCCUUUUUUGAUGUCUGGCAGCUUCGAGGCAGAUACCCCAACAGGGGAUUUCCUAAAAUCUUCAAUGAUAAAACUGUGGGGGAAGAGGCAAAAAAGGUCUACAAUGAAGCUCAGAACUUGCUGAGAAUUUUGAUUGCAGAAAAAAAACUGACAGCCAAAGGUCUAGUUGGAUUUUGGCCAGCACGGAGUGUCCAGGAUGAUAUUUAUUUAUAUGACACUGACGAUGAUGUGGAAUCUUCAGAGCCAGUAGCUAAAUUCUAUGGCUUAAGACAACAGGCUGAGAAAGACUCUGCUUCCACAGACCCCUAUUAUUGUUUGUCUGAUUUUACAUGCCCUCUGAAAUCUGGAAUUCCUGAUUAUUUGGGCCUGUUUGCUGUUGCAUGCUUUGGAGUAGAUGAACUGUGCAAGGAGUAUGAGAAACAGUCUGAUGACUACAACAUCAUAAUGAUAAAAGCAUUGGGAGAUCGCUUAGCAGAGGCAUUUGCAGAAGAACUGCACGAAAGAGUUCGCAAAGAAUUCUGGGCUUAUUCUGAAAAUGAACAGCUGGAGUUUUCAGACCUGCGGAGGAUUAGAUAUGAUGGCAUUCGACCAGCACCUGGCUAUCCAUGUCAACCUGACCACACUGAAAAAAUCACUAUGUGGAAGCUUGGAAACAUCGAGGGAGCAACAGGUAUUCAGCUAACAGAAUCCCUUGCAAUGUUGCCUGCUUCAGCAGUAUCUGGCCUUUACUUUUCCAAUCCUGGUUCCCAGUACUUUGCAGUUGGCAAGAUAUUAAAAGACCAGGUUGAAGAUUAUGCCUUAAGGAAAAACAUGUCUGUAGCAGAGGUUGAAAAGUGGUUGGCACCGAUUCUAGGAUAUGAUCCUGAAUAACGAUAUGUGAGGGUGGGAGUGGGGCAGGUUGGUCUUUUGGGUGACAUCCAGUUAGCAAUCUCCAUUAAUGACACUUGCCAGUAAAAUGAGGGGGGAAAGGAGAUUAUGGCAAUUUCCUGUUUUCACUGCACCCCCUCCUACAUUUUCAAAAAGGUCUCCAAAGUGAAAACCGUUAACCUUUACGGAAUGUGAAAACUGUUAACUGCUACCUUCCAGCAAUAGAUAUUUUUUUGCCAGUGAAGGAUUUCCAAUGGGAUUCUUGGUGGGUAAAAAAAGGUUCAAGAAGAUUGCUUCCCAAAAAAUAACCAACUUGUAGCAGCCAUGUAAAAUGGCUACUUAUGGAUGCCAUCCCUUACAGUGAACCACAUUCUCCACCCACAACAAACUUUAAAAAAGUUUUGUCAUGGAGCAAACCUGUGGAAGUAACUAUACUGGCAAAAGGGUGAUAACUUUUUCAUGUGCACAUAAUAUUCACGUUUGGUACAGUAAACAAAAGUGUCCUUUUAUUUGCAGCUGAAAAGAUUUCCUAUUGGUUUGUGGAACUUAAUUUAAUUAAAAGAAUAUAUAUAUAAACUGCAA